AUGUCUGUCACCGAUGAUGAUUGUCCAAUUUGCACUCAAAAGAUGCUGCUCCCGACAGCCGUCGACGGCUGCGGACACAAGUUUUGUUUCCUAUGCAUAAAAGGUGUUGCCUUGAGCGUCAUCGCGGCGCCGCUUUGCCCGAUGUGCCGUGGCCCGUUGAACCCCGCGCAGUUCAGGAAGGUUGUUGACAAGCACCUGCUAAUCGACAUGAGCGACCCCGAAGGUGACGACGAUGAUGGUCCUUCGCAGCCGAAGAGAGCGAAACCUUCUCCGGAAAAAGAAAAGGACAAACGUCCCGAAUCGCCGGAGGCGGGCACAAGUCAAGUGGCCAUGGCGCAGAAAUCCAAGGCAAAGACGGCUUUCUGGCUGUAUAGAGCGCGUGGCAACGGCUGGUGGCGGUUUGACCCACGCACAGAGAAGGAUAUCGAAGCUGCUCGGGCCGCCGACCAGGGAAAAUGCGAGGUGAUGACUUGCGGUGUGCUCUACGUCAUAGAUUUGCUGAACAUGAAACAGUAUCGCAAGGACAGCAGCCAUAUUCAGCGCGAAAUCGUUCGCGUCGAGGGCGAUGUCGAGCUGAAUAGGUACGAUAUCCGCGGACUGGCCGGCGUUUCCAUCAAG